AUGGUUGUUGUUGUCUUCAUGACAGACAAAGAGGGUUUGAUAACGGAAUUGCGUAAAGAACUGAGAGUGUCUGAUGACGAACAUCGAGAGCUUCUGAGCAGGGUUAAUAAGGAUGAUACUAUCGGACGGAUAAGAGAUUGGAGGCAGGGAGGCGGAAGCCAAGUUCCUUCUAGACAUGCAACUAAUCAGGGUUUCGAUGUUGUUCCUAGUCCAACUCUCUCAGCUUCCCGGAAGAAACAGAAGACAUUCCAAUCUUUGUCGGUGAUAUUCGUGCAGUAUCAUCCAAUAGUCGUGUGGUACCUCGUGGCGUAUCAGCAAAUGAAUCUGCUGAAGCUCUUAUUGGAAGAAAAGUGUGGACAAAAUGGGUCGGCAUGCUUGUACGAUAUAAACGCAGUGAAUGAAACUUGGGAAUGGGUUGACUCAAGGAGAUUUCACCGGAAGAUAUUAGUUGGGAUGGAGAGGAGAAUGGGGCAGCUUUAA